CCGGCCUGGUGACGGACACCUCCCGCCUCCGACGCCCGCUCUGGAGCCGCAGCCUGGCUCGCCCCGCCCGGUUGUCCGCUGCCGCAGUCAUGGCUGCUGACGGGGUGGACGAGCGCUCGCCGCUGCUGUCAGCACCGCACUCGGGAAACGUCACUCCCACCGCCCCACCGUACCUGCCGGAGAGCAGCCCUGGAGCGGAACUCCCACCACCAUACACAGCCAUUGCCAGUCCAGACGCCAGUGGUAUUCCAGUAAUAAACUGCCGCGUGUGCCAGUCUCUAAUCAAUUUGGAUGGCAAGCUUCACCAGCAUGUGGUUAAGUGCACAGUUUGCAAUGAAGCUACGCCAAUCAAAAAUCCACCAACAGGAAAGAAAUAUGUUAGAUGCCCUUGUAAUUGUCUCCUCAUUUGUAAGGACACAUCUCGGCGAAUAGGAUGUCCGAGACCCAACUGUAGACGCAUAAUUAACCUUGGCCCAGUAAUGCUUAUUUCUGAAGAACAACCAGCUCAACCUGCAUUGCCAAUCCAGCCAGAAGGUACAAGGGUCGUGUGUGGGCACUGUGGAAACACAUUCCUGUGGAUGGAACUGAGGUUCAACACGCUGGCAAAAUGCCCACACUGCAAAAAAAUUUCCUCUGUGGGCAGUGCGCUCCCGCGAAGACGCUGCUGUGCGUAUAUCACCAUUGGGAUGAUGUGUGUUUUCAUUGGCGUUGGACUAACUGUUGGCACCCAAGAUUUUGCAAGGCGAUUUCAUGCAACCUAUGUUUCUUGGGCAAUUGCUUAUCUCUUAGGUUUGAUCUGCCUUAUCCGAGCUUGUUAUUGGGGAGCCAUACGAGUGAGUUAUCCAGAACACAGUUUUGCAUAAGCUUGCUUAUGAUUAAGCGAUGCAGGUGAGAGUAUCUAGCAGUUCCUGACAAGCUACUCUGGGCAUCUUUAAAUUGUGUCUCCUAAUGGAUUCCAUUCUGGUUUAUGUAUAAAUUUUCAAGACUUUGGGAGCCUUUUAUGAACAAAUGCUUAUUGCACUACAUUAUAUGCAAAUAAUAGUUUGUUUUGCUGCUAGGUUUUUGAGCUCCAAAUAAUAAAGUGGCAUCUUCAUAUUCUUUUACAUCUCUUAAAGGUAUUUUUGGAUUUGUCACCAAGCAUUAUGUCUAACAUCACCUUUCAUUAUUUUUAAAUUAGUUAUUCCAUAAUUUGCUGAUCUGUGAGUUUCCCAAGAAGUGUUUAUAAAUGUUUCUACAAUAGCUUUACAUUUAUACUUACAUUUUAAUGAAACAGUAUCAAAAUAGCUUGCUUUAAAAUCUAAGCAAUACUCAUUUUGCUUGAAGUGCUUAUUGUAACUUUAACCUAAGAUCAUAGUGACCUUAUUCAGGAAAAAAAUUUGAGUGUACCUUCAAAGACUUGACAUUCCUGUCAGAUAAAAACCAUUUCUAGAUACUGUAUUCUUGUUUUUUGUUGUUGUUGAAAACUACAAUAUUUUGGUAGUAAUUUAAAAUACAAGGCUGAAAAUAUUUAUUUGUCCACAGUUAAAAAUAAUGUUGGAUAAAUGUUUUUUUCUCAAAGAUCAAAGGACUUUUGUCUUCCAUUUUUGUCUGUUUUUCAAUUUACCUAUUAUAAAAGUUCUGGUCUACAUUUAUGAAAUUGAAUGUUAAUCUACUGUAUGUAUUUCCUUAUAGAGCUUGGAAAAAGUAUUUUACAUAACAUGUUUUAUAAUACUUAACCAUUUAGACAAAGAUAUAUUUACAUUGGGUUGCCCUCCUUUUCAUUAAAUCAUGGUAAAUUUUUCUCAUGGGAAUAAUUCUGGACUAAUUAUGUGAAGGGAGCCUGGGACAUUUCACACUAGCUAAAAUGUUGAGAUUAGAGGUAGUUACUAUUACCAUUCUUCUCAAAUAUAUUGGGUCAGAUAAUGACCCAAUUUAUUUGAGAAAAUAGAUCAAACACAGUAAACCACAUGGUUUUCAAAAAAUUCACCAGGAUUUAAGGAAUCCUCUCUCACACUUCCCAUAUUUGCACUUUUGAAACAGAAAUUGCUUAGUUGAGAAAUAAUAUUCUAAAGGCUUUAAUAUAGAAUUAGAAAAUGAGAUGAUCUGAGGAAAUUAAUUGGCUAUUCCAGGGAUAGGAAUAAUAUUUUAAAAUAUUUAUGUCCCUCAUUAGUAUAAGACUGUACUCGUAAUAGAGUUUGAAGCAAAAUACAUGCAAACUUCAAAGAGUAAAUGAUAUAUUUAUAAAUGCAAUAGCUCAGAAUCAUGUGUACCUUUGAAAAUACACUAAUAAAGAUUAUUGCUCAA